AAGCUAACAGCUAGGAAAAGGUAAGCUAACAACUAGGAUUUUGCUAAUUGGCUAGUCAGAAAAGCUGUAGUUUUACAUGAAAUAUUUUAGCCUCUCUUCACAGCCACUUCUCCCUAGAUAGCGACAAUCACCUUGUAUUAGCUACAGGAAUUGCUUCGAUGGGUUCCAAAAGGCGAAGGGCCACCUCCCCCUCCAGCAGCGUAAGUGGAGGGGACUUUGAGGAUGGACUAACGUCCUCCUCCACCCCUGGAAGCAGCCGAAAAAGGAGAAGAGCCUCCAGUAUCCCCACUGUAGAUCCAAUAGCAGUGUGCCAUGAGCUGUACAACACUAUCAGGGAUUAUAAGGAUGACCAUGGGAGGCAAAUCUGUGAGCUGUUUAUCAGAGCACCAAAGAGAAGGAACCAACCAGAUUAUUAUGAAGUGGUUGCCCAGCCCAUAGACUUGAUGAAGAUCCAGCAGAAGCUAAAGAUGGAGGAGUACCAGGAUGUGGAGCAGCUCAGCGCUGAUUUCCAGCUGCUGUUCAACAAUGCCAAGACUUACUACAAGGUUGAUAGCCCAGAAUACAAAGCUGCCUGCAGGCUAUGGGACCUGUAUCAGCGCACAAAGAAUGAGUUCGUGCAGCGUGGGGACUAUGAGGAAGAGGAUGAAGAUGGGGAUGAUACACUGGAUAACCCUGGAACCUCCACUGAGGAGGAGACUCCACCCAGUUGUUUGAAGGAGGUCCUGGAGCAGCUCCUGGAGGCCAUUGUGACCUUUACCGAGCCCUCGGGGCGCCUGAUCAGUGAGCUCUUUCAGAAGCUUCCCUCAAAAGUGCACUAUCCGGACUACUACGCCAUAAUAAAGGAACCCAUAGACUUGAGGACAAUCGCUCAGAGGAUACAGAUGGGAUACUACAAAAGCGUCAGUGCCAUGGCCAAGGACAUAGACCUUUUAACAAAAAAUGCCAAAACCUACAAUGAACCAGGGUCACAGGUGUUUAAGGAUGCUAACACCAUCAAGAAGAUCUUUAUCCAGAGGAAGACUGAAAUUGAGCAUGCAGAACCCACUAAAUCCAGCCUCCGUAUAAGGAACCGGAGGUCAGCUCAGGGUGAUCGCCUGUCUGCCAUAACCACAGCCCUGCAGUACGGUUCUGAAAGCGAGGAGGAUGCCCUGCUCGGUUCCGUGCGCUACGACGAGGGCGAGUCAGAGGCAGAAUGCAUGCAGUCCUGCAUGGACAUGAGCAACCCCAUCUUCCAGCUGUACGAGGCUGUGCGGGGCGGCCGAAACGGCCAGGGCCAGCUCAUCGCCGAGCCCUUCCUGCACCUCCCCUCCCGCAGGGAGUAUCCCGACUACUACCAGCAGAUAAAGCAUCCCAUCUCCCUGCAGCAGAUUCGGGAGAAGAUGAAGAACAACGAGUAUGAGAACAUGGAGCAGAUGGAAGCUGAUCUCACCCUCAUGUUUGAGAACGCUAAGCGCUACAAUGUCCCCAACUCUGGCAUCUACAAGCGUGCCCUGAAACUGCACCAGAUUCUACAGCUGAAGAAGAGAGAGUUGUUAAGAGAGGAGGAGGACGGUGACAGCAUGCUCUCCUCCACCACCUCUGAUGCCGGCAGCGCUAAGAGGAAGAGCCACAAAAAGAACACAAAGAAAAACCGGAUGAAGAUCCUGUAUACCGCGGUGACGGAGGCGCGGGAUGUGUCCACCAGCCGCCGCCUCUGUGACCUCUUUAUGGUCAAGCCAUCCAAAAAGGACUACCCUGACUACUACAAGAUCAUCCUGGAGCCCAUGGACCUGAGGACCAUUGAGCACAACAUUCGCGCCGACAAGUACCUGAGCGAGGAGGCAAUGCUGGAAGACAUGAAGCUGAUGUUCCGCAAUGCACGCCACUACAACGAAGAGGGCUCUCAGGUCUACAAUGAUGCCAACAUCCUGGAGAAGAUCAUGAAGGACAAGAGGAAGGAGCUGGGGCCUCUACCAGAUGAGGAUGAUAUGGCUUCACCAAAGCUCAAAUUAAGGAAGAGUGGCAUUUCUCCUAAGAAGUCGAAGUACCUGACCCCCCUGCAGCAGAAGCUGAACGAGCUGUACGAGGCGGUGAAGAACUACACGGACAGCCGCGGCCGGCGCCUGAGCGCCAUCUUCCUGCGGCUGCCGUCCCGCGCCGAGCUGCCCGACUACUACAUCACCAUCAAGAAGCCCAUGGACAUGGAGAAGAUCAAGAGCCACAUGACGGCCAACAAGUACCAGGACGUGGACUCCCUGGUGGAGGACUUUGUGCUGAUGUUCAACAACGCCUGCACCUACAACGAGCCCGAGUCACUCAUCUAUAAGGACGCCCUGGUGCUCCACAAGGUCCUGCUGGAGACGCGGCGGGACCUGGAGGGCGGCGAGGACACGCACGUCCCCAACGUGCCGCUGCUCAUCCAGGAGCUCGUGCACAACCUCUUCGUGUCGGUGCUCAGCCACCAGGACGACGAGGGCCGCUGCUACAGCGACUCGCUGGCGGAGAUCCCCGCCCGGGACCCCGCCAGCCCCGCGAGGCCACCCCUCAACUUCGAGAUCAUCCGGGCCAACGUGGACAACGGGCGCUACAGGAGGCUGGACGUCUUCCAGGAGCACAUGUUCGAGGUGCUGGAGAAAGCCCGGCGGCUGCACAGGACGGAUUCUGAGAUCUUCGAGGAUGCAGUGGAGCUGCAGCAGUUCUUCAUCAAGAUCCGAGACGAGCUGUGCAAAAACGGCGAGAUCCUGCUCUCCCCGGCGCUCAGCUACACCACCAAGCACCUGCACAACGACGUGGAGAAGGAGAAGAAGGAGAAGCUGCCUAAGGAGAUAGAGGAGGACAAGCUGAAGAGGGAGGAGGAGAAGAAAGAGGCAGAGAAGAGCGAGGACCCGGCAGGGGGGGCGUGGUCGUCGGGGCUCCAGCGCACUUACAGCCAGGACUGUAGCUUCGAGAACAGCAUGUACCACGUGGGAGACUGCGUGUAUGUGGAGCCGGCGGAGCCAAACCUGCAGCCGCACAUCGUCUGCAUUGAGCGUCUCUGGCAGGACGAUGCUGGUGAGAAAUGGCUGUAUGGCUGCUGGUUCUACAGGCCCAAUGAGACCUUCCACCUUGCCACACGCAAGUUUCUGGAGAAAGAAGUAUUCAAGAGCGACUACUACAGCAAAGUUCCUGUCAGCAAGAUACUGGGAAAAUGUGUGGUCAUGUUUGUGAAGGAAUAUUUCAAGCUCCAGCCCGAGGGCUUCAGGCCGGAGGACGUGUUUGUCUGUGAAUCGCGCUACUCCGCAAAGACCAAAUCCUUCAAGAAGAUCAAGAUGUGGACGAUGCCGGUCAGCUCGGUGAGGUUCGUGCCUCGUGACGUGCCGUUGCCAGUGGUGAGGGUGGCAUCCAUGUUUGCCAAUGCCACCAAGCACGACCAGGAGAAGUCUCCGGAGCUGGAGUACGACAAAGCUGCAGACACCAGUGUCAUAAUUGACAAGGAAAGGGAGGACGUGCCAGUGGAUGUGAGCAAUGGCGAGCUGGGUUGCCAGUACUUCGAGCAGCUCCGCUACAACGAAAUGUGGCUGAAAGUGGGAGACUGCGUGUACAUACGCUCACACGGCCUGGUGCGGCCAAGAAUCGGCAGGAUCGAGAGGAUGUGGGUGCGAGAUGGUGCUGCCUACUUCUUUGGGCCCAUCUUCAUCCACCCUGAGGAAACGGAGCACGAGCCCACCAAGAUGUUCUACAAGAAGGAAGUGUUCCUCAGCAACCUGGAGGAGUCCUGCCCUAUGACCUGCAUCAUAGGAAAAUGCGUGGUGUCCUCUUUCAAGGACUACCUGUCGUGCCGACCGACGGAGGUCCCUGAGGAUGACGUGUUGCUGUGCGAGAGCCGCUACAUCGACAGCGAGAAAGUGAUGAAAAAGUUCAAGGGCUUGAAGCGCUUCUCACUGUCUGGCAAGGUGCUGGACGAUGAGAUCUACUACUUCAGAAAGCUGAUCGUGCCCCAGAAGGAGCCGUCUCCCUUGCUGGACAGGAAGAUCCAGGAGCUAGAGGCAAAGUUUGCAGACAUGGAUGGUGCAGAUGACGACUUAGACGACCAAGGGGAAGAGGAUGGAGAAUCUUCUGAAACCCCCAUGGUUCCUCAGAUGCAGACGCCGCUGUCCAGCGACAUGGACAUCAUGCCGUACACCCCACCACAGUUGACUCCAAAGACGAUUAAGGGCCUUUCCAAGAAGGAAGGUGCGAAACGGAAGAUCAACAUGAGCGGGUACAUCCUGUUCAGCAGUGAGAUGCGCGCCGUCAUCAAGGCCCAGCACCCGGACUUCUCCUUCGGGGAGCUGAGCCGCCUGGUUGGGACAGAGUGGAGGAACCUCGAGGCCACCAAGAAGGCAGAGUAUGAAGAGCGGGCAGCCAAAGUGGUGGAACAGCAGGAGCGCGAGAGGGCAGCCCAGCAACAGCAGUGUGCUUCCCCAAGAGCAGGUACCCCAGUAGGGGCGCUCAUGGGGGUGGUGCCCUCCCCAACCCCUAUGGGGAUGCUUAACCAGAACAUGACGCCUGUGUCAGGCAUGAUGGGUGCCUAUGGGCCACCUAUAAUGCCCAUGCAGGGCCCUGUUGAAGGCAUGGUCGGUAUGGGCAGCAUGCCACCACAUCACAUGGGGGCGCCUGCAUUCCCCCACCAUCUUCAGCCAGGUAUGCCCGGGUUCCCUGGCAUGCCAUACCCGGGUGUGAUGGGGCCUGGUGUGAACAACAUGGCAGGAAGUCCCGCAGCUGGAAAUCACUAUGGGCAGCAGAUGGGCAUGCUUGGUCAAGGCCAGCAGGCACCACCCCCCUACCCAGGGCAAGGCCAGACAGCCCAGCCUGCACUCCAGCAGCCCUCCACCCCCAUGUUUGUGGCCCCGCCUCCAAAGACCCAGCGCCUGUUACACUCUGAAGCCUACCUAAAGUACAUCGAGGGCCUCCAGGCGGAGACAUCCACCAUCAGCAAGUGGGACCAGACCCUCGCAGCCCGUAGGAGAGAUGUACACUUGACCAAAGAACAGGAGGGCCGUCUGCCAUCCCAUUGGCUGAAGAGCAAGGGGGCUCACACCACGAUGGCGGACGCACUGUGGCGACUGCGAGACCUGAUGCUGAGGGACACAUUAAAUAUCCGUCAAGCAUACAACCUGUAA